UUCCAUAUCCCUCUUUCUCAACAGUGCAUUUCCAAUCACCAAUAUCACUGGGAAGGAGCUUCGUUGCUCCGUCCGGUAAGCAGGGACAUGGAUUAGGAACCCCACGUGGUUUCUGGUGAUAGCACAGAUCAUGAACUCCGGCCCCAGCUGCAGAAGGAGCAUGGCCCUUGGUAAAGCUGACUUGUUGGGUCCUGCCCCCAGUCAGCACCAAGAUAUUGGAGGAUCAUAUUGGAGAAAGUGUGCUGAGUGACCUUGUUCUUCUGUGACUGCUCUUGGAACACCUUUAAAAGGAACUUCUGUGCGUGUCUCAUCCUGGAAGGAGAUUCAUGCUGCCCCGACCCUGGUGCCAGUGCUUUCAGGGUUAGUAGUCCCUAUGUUAAAAACUGUUUUAUUAAUCCUGAGACUUCAGCCAUGUCUUACCAAGAACAGCAGUGCAAGCAGCCCUGCCAGCCUCCUCCUGUGUGCCCACCCACGAAGUGCCCAGAGCCUUGUCCUCCCCCAAAGUGUUCAGAGCCUUGUCCUCCUCCACAGUGCCCAGAGCCUUGUCCUCCUCCACAGUGCCCAGAGCCAUGCCAGCAGAAGUGUCCUCCUGUGCAACCUCCUUCACCCUGUCAGCAGAAGUGCCCACCCAAGAGCAAAUGAGGGCUUCAGCAGUCACCAGGACCAAGAUAGGAGAAGGGACUCCAUCUCAUCCAGUUCCAUAGCAACUCAAAACCUGUGAUGGAUUUUGGAGAAUAUUUUCCAUCCUUCACCCCUGAUAUGCCAAAGAUGAUCUCUGCUAGGGAAGGCAUUUCCAUGAGACUAUUCUCCUGCUACCGUCAAGGGGCUGCUGAGAAUGAUCCUUCCUCUGUGGCACAGCAUCCCAGAUACACAGAGGGGAAAGCAGCAGAUGUUACCCCAGUGUCCUCUGAGGAGCCUUUCCAGUCUGCCUGUCACAUGGGCAGGGGCUUUUACA